UCAGAAUGUGUUGAAUCCAUGGUUAUGUCAUAUGCGUGUUAGAAUGUUUUCCCAGCUGCUUCCUGAGAAAAAUAACUUGGUUUAGGAGGUUUAGAUCCCCAUUGCCAAUUUUAUUACGCAAAUUGAAAUAUUUUUACUCGCUAUACCAACCGUCGUAUGAUAUGAUAGGAAUAGUAUUGUCCUCUUUUAGCCCGAGGUAGGACAGUGACGGACAAAUAUUUGUGUACAGUGAUAGGAACUUGACAGAGAGCUGAAUGGCGGCAGCAGCAGGAUUACCGAAAACGCGACGUUUAGUUAGGUUCUUCUGUUCGAUUGCGGGUUUGGCUGGGAACCUGAGGAAGAUGUCAGCGGCAGACUCUCCCGCCAGCGUCUGGGUGCGGCACUGCGAGCAGGACACGCGGGAUGGCGUUGAAGGCUCCGUUUCUGGCACCAUCCCGCGCUGGCUGAAUGGGAACCUCAUCCGCAACGGUCCCGGGGGGAAGAAGGUGGGGGAGCAUCACUAUAAUCACCUCUUCGACGGCCUCAGCCUUCUGCAUCUCGUUAACAUCACUGAUGGAAAAGCCAAAUACAUUUCCAGGUAUCUGGAGAGCGAGACUUACAAGCUGAACCACCGUGCGAACCGCAUCGUAGUGAGCGAGUUUGGCACGGCAGGAGUGCCUGAUCCUUGCCUGAGCCUCUUCGACAAGUUCUCGACGUACUUCAAGCCCGCACUCACCCAGAAACGCACCGACAACUGCCUUGUCAACGUCAUGCAAGUCAAGGAUGAACUUGUCGCCAUGACAGAGCUCUCUACAGUCAGGGUUGUCGACCCCAACACACUGGAGACGAAGCCUGAACUGGUCCGCUACACGGACUACGUGUCGGUCCAGCGGGUGACCGCCCACCCCCACCUGGAGGGCAACGUGGCCUACAACCUCGCCUUCAGCACCGGCCCGAGCGGUCCUCCGAAAUUUGCCAUCAUUUCCUUGGCCGACGGCAAAAUUCAAAAUUCGAAAAUCGUGGCAUCGGUGCCAUGCAGGUGGAAGUUCACGCCGCCUUAUCUCCACAGUUUCGGUAUCACUGAUAACUUCUACAUCAUAGCCGAAACACCGAUGGCCAUCGAUGCCAGGCUUCUUGCGUUACCGGCUUUCUUUGGCAUGAGCUCUUUUAACGCCUUGAGAUAUUUCAAUGGCGAGAAGACCAAGUUCAGAAUAAUGUCUCGCGAGACUGGAGAGGAGAUUAAAGUGAACGCUUAUGCACCAGGGUUCUUCAACUUCCACUACUUGAACUGCUACGAGAAAGAUGAUAUGUUGGUUAUUGAUGUGUGUGCGGCAGAUGACAACCUCAUCGAAUACCUCAAAAUGGAGAAUAUCAAGAAACCUGCCGAUGACAUGUCCAGAAAAAUGUGUAACGUUGAACCAAGAAGGUACAUCAUACCUGUUGGGAACCUCGACUCAAGCCCCGUCAACGUAGACCUUCUAAAAGAUUUUCCUGACGCUAAAAUUGGGGAAAAUAGAGCCACGGCUGUGAAAGAGGCCAAUGGGGAACUCAUGGUCACUGGGGUGCGUCUGGGGGAAGUGUUCAUGGAGUUACCCCGUAUUAAUUAUCGGUACAACAAGAAGCAAUACACGUACGCAUACGGUGCCUCAGUGUCCGACUACAAGUUAAAAAUGUUCGACUUUGAUGGUAUCGUGAAACUGAACGUGACGAACGGCGAGACAACUUUUUGGCAGGACCAAGACUACUUCAGUUCUGAACCUGUGUUUGUAGAGACGCCUGGGGGCGUUGAGGAGGAUGACGGAGUUCUGCUCAGCAUUCUUAUCAGUAAAAAUAAACCCAAGGAGCUGGCACUGAUCGUGCUCAACGCUCAGGACAUGAAGGAAAUGGCUAGGGUCGACUUCAUUGCAAGUGGGGCCGUUACAUCCACGUUUCACGGCCAGUUCAUUGCCUCGAAGGGAGAAGUUCACGCUUACUAGACCAGUGGCUCCCAUAGUGGCAAAGCAGAGACUUUUUAGACUCUGUAACAAGUUGCAAUUUUAAGUCCUAUAAGUAGACCAAUAAAGUAUCAUGGAUCCAAGCAUCAUCAUA